AUGAAGGACAAGAAAGACGUCAUCCGCGAGUUCAAUGACAUUGUCAACAUGACAGCCUCGGAGCUGGAGGUAUGGCUCAAGUCAAACGACUCUCGCAGCGCCGGGUGGCCCAAGGAGGACGGGAGCAACGAGUCGGUUGGACACGGCAGUGGUCGUAACAUUGUCGAGAUACUCGAGUCUAAUCCUGAAAAGGCGCCGGACAAGUACACUGAUGAGCAGGUUCAGCAUAUGCGCAAGGUGGUAUCAUACUGCAAGCGACAUCUGGCCCAGGAGGAAGGAGCCAAUGCUCAGAAAUCGGCCGAAGAGGUCAAAGAGACCAAGUCGUAUGCUUCUCUCAAGAAUUGGGGUCACGAUCCUCUCAAGAAACGACAGAAUUCCGGAAGCAGGAAGCAGGACCGGGACCGGGACCAGGAGCCCGAGGAGGAAGAGGAGGAAGAGGGGGAAGAGGGGGAAGAGGAAGACACAGGCAAUAAGGCCAAGACGGGCGGAAAACGCAAGAAGACGGAGGAUAAGCCGACGCCCAACAAGAAGAGGGAAACCCGCCAGAGCACAAAGGACAACGACAAGUCCUUUUACAAUGAGGACACGGCAGGAGACAAGAACGGCGAGUACAAGGACGACGACGAAGAAGAAGAUGAAGGAGUCGACGAUGACGAAAAGGCUGAAAAGGGUCCCAAGGCGGGAGACACUGUGAGUUGGAAGUGGGGAGGGGGUAAUCCGACGGGCAAGGUCCUGGAUGUCAAGGGGGGGAAAACGAGCAUCACCACCCAGAGAGGAAACACAGUAUCCCGAAAUGGCAAACCAGAUGACCCGGCUGUGGUGCUGGAUACGGGAAAGUCCAAGGUCGUCAAGGCGAAUCAUGAGCUCAGCUAA